CCCCGCUACUCCAGUCCACGCUUUGCAUUCACUCCUCGCUCUGGCAACUGUGCUAGAGAUUAAUUCAAAUAUAUCUAUUCAAGUGGAGAUAAUCAAUGCAAAUCACUGUGACUAGGCUGCACAAAUGGGGACGGCAGGUCACACAGUGACUGAACGCUGAAUUUCCUACACUUCCACUGGGUCGCCUUUCCUUUCAGCUUUCCUUUUGAGGAUCUAGAUUCCUGCUUGCUGUCUUUUAAAGGACUGUUUGAUGUUGCAACAGGAUGCUGAAAUCCACAUCUUUUAAAUGCGACAUGAAGUAUAAUGAUGCAGACCACUAGCAUCAGUCGUACCGAACAUCAGUAACCAGAUGUAUUAAACAGUACCUGACAAAAGACGUAAAAGGAGAGAAGAUGUUGUUUUCUGACUGGAAGCUUUGGACCCUGUCGUGGCUUAUUGUCUUAGGUGGAUGUUUACCCUUUACAAAAGGCUUCAGUCGAGCUGCAUUACCCUUUGGUCUGGUGAGGAGGGAGUUGUCCUGUGAGGGCUACCCCAUUGACCUACGCUGCCCAGGAAGUGAUGUCAUCAUGAUUGAGAGCGCCAACUAUGGUCGCACCGACGACAAGAUCUGUGAUGCAGAUCCAUUUCAAAUGGAAAAUGUGCAAUGCUACCUCCCAGAUGCCUUUAAAAUCAUGACACAGAGGUGCAACAAUCGAACACAAUGUGUUGUGAUAACUGGGUCAGAUGUGUUUCCUGACCCUUGUCCAGGGACCUACAAAUACCUUGAGGUCCAAUAUGAAUGUGUCCCAUACAUUUUUGUUUGUCCUGGAACUCUGAAAGCAGUUGUGGAUUCGGCCUACGUAACUGAGGCUGAGCAGCAGUCUGGUGCCUGGUGUAAAGACCCACUUCAGGCUGGGGACAAAAUCUACUACAUGCCAUGGACACCUUAUCGCACGGACACUUUGAUGGAAUAUGCUUCAGUGCAAGAUUUCACUUCUGGACGGCCCACAACGACCUACAAACUGCCCCACCGGGUUGAUGGCACUGGCUUUGUGGUGUACGAUGGCGCUGUGUUUUUCAACAAAGAAAGGACGAGGAAUAUUGUGAAAUAUGACUUGAGAACUAGGAUCAAAAGUGGGGAAGCAAUCAUUGCCAAUGCCAACUAUCACGACACCUCACCCUACCGUUGGGGGGGCAAGUCAGACAUAGAUUUAGCAGUGGAUGAAAAUGGCUUGUGGGUCAUUUAUGCCACAGAGCAGAACAACGGAAUGAUGGUCAUCAGCCAACUGAACCCUUACACUCUCCGCUUUGAAGGCACCUGGGACACGUCGUACGACAAGCGAACAGCAUCAAAUGCGUUCAUGAUAUGUGGCGUUUUAUACGUAGUGCGAUCAGUUUAUGAAGAUAACGAGAGCGAAACGGGGAAGAACUCGAUAGAUUAUGUAUACAACACCAACCUAAACAAAGAGGAGUUUGUGGAUAUUCAGUUUCCAAACCAAUACCAGCACAUAGCUGCUGUGGAUUACAACCCAAGAGACAACCAGCUCUACGUGUGGAAUAAUAAUUUCAUUCUGAGGUAUUCACUGGAGUUUGGUCCCCCUGACCCUGGCCAAGUGCCGACCACUGUUGAAACAACCACUUCAAAUGCAGCAAUUGCAAAAACCACAGUGAUAACCACAACCUCAACCACUUCAGAGAAAGGUCUGAUGACCACAAGCAUAGCUGGAGGUGGAAAGGAAGGCAGUCGUAGGCCUAAAGCAGGCUCCGCUGAAACUGGGACUAAAACUCCUCCAGACUCCAGCUUCUUCCCUAUCCCAGAGAGAUUUUGUGAGGCCACCAAAGCCAGAGAAAUAGGUUGGCCAGAGUCACAGAGAGGCAUCCUGGUUGAACGCCCGUGUCCUAAGGGAACCCGAGGGACUGCCUCUUAUCUCUGUGUGGUUUCCACAGGAAUGUGGAACCCUAAGGGCCCAGAUCUGAGCAACUGUACUUCACACUGGGUAAAUCAAGUGGCUCAGAAGAUUAGAAGUGGUGAAAAUGCCGCUAACCUAGCAAACGAGCUAGCCAAGCACACCAGAGGACCAAUUUAUGCAGGUGAUGUGAGUUCAUCAGUUAGACUGAUGGAACAGUUGGUUGAUAUCCUGGAUGCUCAGCUACAGGAGCUACGGCCGAGCGAAAAAGAUACUGCGGGUCGUAGUUUUAACAAGCUCCAAAAAAGAGAGAGGACAUGCAUGGCAUACAUAAAGGCAAUUGUGGACACUGUUGACAACUUGUUGAGAACUGAAGCACUGGAUUCGUGGAAAGAUAUGAAUUCAACUGAGCAGGCUCACACUGCCACUAUGUUGCUGGACACGCUGGAGGAAGGGGCUUUUGUCCUGGCAGACAAUCUGAUUGAACCAGCCAGAGUCAAAGUACCCACUGAUAAUAUAGUUCUGGAGGUGGGUGUACUCAGCACGGAGGGCCAGGACCAGGACUUCAAAUUUCCCCAAGGCAAUAUGGGUGGGAAUUCGAUCCAGCUCUCAGUCAACACUGUCAAGCAAAACAGUCGCACCGGUAUAGCAAAGCUAGUGUUCAUUCUGUACAAAAGCUUGGGCCAGUUUCUUACCACAGAAAAUGCAACAAUAAAUCUAGGUGAUACAAACGGACAAAACUAUUCCAUCGCAGUUAACUCCCACAUCAUAGCAGCUUCUAUCAACAAGGAGUCUAUCCGUGUGUUCCUGUCUGAUCCAGUAGUUUUUACGUUGGAGCACCUUGAUCCCGACAACUAUUUUAACGCAAACUGCUCGUUCUGGAACUACUCUGAACGAACCAUGAUGGGUUACUGGUCCACCAAAGGUUGCAGGCUGGUGGACACCAAUAAGACUCACACAACCUGUGAGUGUCACCACCUGACCAACUUCGCAAUCCUCAUGGCUCACAAGGAGAUUGAGUACAAAAGUGGAAUGCAUGAAUUGCUCCUCUCUGUCAUCACCUGGGUGGGGAUCGUCAUCUCCCUGAUCUGCCUGGCUAUUUGCAUCUUUACUUUCUGCUUCUUCCGAGGUCUCCAAAGUGACCGCAACACCAUCCACAAGAACCUGUGCAUUAAUUUGUUUAUUGCUGAAUUCAUUUUCUUAAUCGGCAUCGAUAAGGUUAAAUACGAGAUUGCCUGUCCGAUUUUUGCUGGCGUGCUGCACUUUUUCUUCCUUGCCGCAUUCGCCUGGAUGUGCUUAGAAGGCGUCCAGCUCUAUCUCCUGCUGGUGGAGGUAUUUGAAAGUGAAUACUCUCGGAAAAAGUAUUUUUACCUCUGCGGUUACCUCUUUCCAGCUAUUGUUGUGGGAGUCUCUACGGCUAUCGACUAUGAGAGUUAUGGAACAGAGAAAGCCUGCUGGCUGAGAAUUGAUAAUCACUUCAUUUGGAGUUUCAUUGGACCAGUUACAUUUAUUAUUAUGGUUAAUCUUAUCUUCUUGAUUAUCACCUUGUACAAAAUGGUGAAGCAUACAUCGACCCUGAAACCAGAUUCGAGCAGGUUGGAAAACAUAAAUAAUUAUCGUGUAUGCGAUGGCUACUAUAACACGGAUUUACCAGGCUAUGAAGAUAAUAAGCCAUAUAUCAAGUCUUGGGUUCUCGGAGCAUUUGCUCUCCUGUGUUUGCUUGGCCUGACUUGGGCUUUUGGAUUGCUGUUCAUAAACGAAGAGUCGGUUGUAAUGGCAUAUCUCUUUACAACAUUCAAUGCCUUCCAAGGAAUGUUUAUUUUUAUAUUCCACUGCGCUCUUCAGAAGAAAGUUCGGAAAGAAUACAGCAAGUGUUUCCGUCAUGCUUACUGUUGCAGCCGACUUAACACUGAAAGCUCCCACAGCUCAGUGAAGGCGUCGACUACAAGGACUAGUGCUCGAUAUUCCUCUGGCACACAGAGCCGUAUUAGAAGGAUGUGGAAUGACACUGUGCGAAAACAAUCAGAAUCUUCCUUUAUCUCAGGUGAAAUCAACAGCACUUCAACACUUAACCAAGGGAUGACGGGCAAUUAUCUACUAACAAAUCCUCUUCUUCGACCUCAUGGCACUAACAACCCUUAUAACACUUUGCUUGCGGAAACUGUUGUAUGUAACACUCCUUCAGCCGCUGUGUUUAGCUCACCAGUGACCUACAGAGAGACAAGCCAUUCACUGAACAACGCCAGGGAUACAAGUGCAAUGGAUACUCUACCACUUAAUGGUAACUUCAACAAUAGCUACUCAAUUCGAAAUGGGGACUUCACUAACGACAGCAUGCAGGUAGUUGACUGUGGUAUGAGCCUGGGUGACACUGCUUUUGAAAAGAUGAUCAUUUCUGAACUUGUGCACAACAACCUUCGAGGAGUAAACAAGAACCAUAACAUUGAUCGCAACUUGCCAAACAAAGUGGUCGUUGGUGGUGGGAGCAGCAGCGAAGAUGACGCCAUCGUAGCAGAUGCAUCAUCUUUGGUGCAUGGGGACAGCACUGGGGAACAUCACCAUAAAGAGCUUGAAGCCCCUCUGAUUCCUCAACGAACUCACUCUCUUCUGUACCAUCAGCAGAAAAAAGUGAAGCUUGAAGCAAACGACCCCUAUGUUGCUGAGCUUACAGUAGAGGUAGAAGAUCACCUGCAGUCCCCAAACAGAGACUCCCUUUACACUAGCAUGCCCAACCUGAGAGACUCUCCUUAUCCAGAGAGUAGCCCAGAAGCUGAAGAAGACUUGUCGCCCUCCAAGAGGAGUGAGAAUGAGGAUGUUUAUUACAAGAGCAUGCCCAACCUUGGUGCUGGCAACCAACUCCAGACAUACUAUCAAAUCAGCAGGGUCAAUAGCGAUGGAUAUAUUAUUCCUAUUAACAAGGAAGGAUGUAUUCCAGAAGGGGAUGUGAGGGAAGGACAGAUGCAGCUAGUAACAAGUCUGUAAAACGUACAUGUUAAAAUUCAAAAGGACCUUUGCAGGUGCCCUCAUAUCUUAUCUGAACAGAGAGUGUACUGACUGACCUGUGGUGCUUUUACAUUGUACAGGAAAAUGGCUGGGACAUGCAGUUCUGUGAGAGCUUGUGAGAGAAGAACUCUGUAGAUACACAGAAACGUAUUGCUCAUGGCAAAAAAAAAACAAAGACAAAUCAUCAGUCUCCACGCCCACAUACACUGCUGCAGAUUUCAAGAAUGCAGUGGGAGAACUUCUGGCCAUUCCAGUACACCAGUUUAGAACAAAGUUGUAUAUAUGGUUGCAUCUUGUUUUUUUUCCCCUCCCCCAGCCUUGCAUUAUCUCCAAGAGACAGGUCUCAGAACCCUGUGAAAGUUAUCUAUUGUACCUUAAUACUCCUGGAGAGACUUUGUUGAAAGCAGGAAGAGCUUUGCAUCAUUCUUCAGUUAACAACGGUUGCCUCCAUCCAGUUUACGAAUAAGGAAACCUCUUCAACUACUAGCAGUCCAGCCACAGGCCUUAUUCCUCACCUUUCCUCAGCUGUACAGUUGUCUGUUCUCACUGAGAAUUGGCUAAAGAAAAUAUAUUUUGUUGUAUUGCUAGUGUAAAAUAAACAAAUACAUGUCAAACUUAAAUAUAAAUGAUCUUUAAGAGAAUUUAAAAAAAAUGAUGAACUAUUGUGUAAAGUUCUUGGUUGCACAUAUGAUAUAAACUGUGUUUUUUUCUUUCUUAAACUUUGUUCAUUGUGUAGAUUUAAAUGAGGAGCUUUCCCAUUUCCAAUUCAUUUCGCCUAUUCUUGUAAGCAGUGUUUUUAUUUCCCUCUCUGAUAUAAGGAUCAGGAAUGCUGUCCAGCAGUUCUGAUUUUUUAAAAAUAUUGGCCAAAAGAAUUGUAUCAUUUAUGCCAGUUAAAACUCCUACUGGAAUCUUUACUAUGUAGUUAAGCCAAUUAUGCCAUGCCUUGCACAAUUUGGUGAUAUUAGGUUAAUUUCUUUUAAUGUAAUAUACAGUACUUUGCGGGGGGAAUGGGAGAGGGCAAAUGGCACUUGAAGUACCGUUGUAACAAUCUUGUCCAGUUAAUCAAAGAAGCAGUAUGGACUGUUGAACCGUGGAUGUCACCUUACCAUGUUUUAUUCUGCGACAUCCUCAGAAAUUUAUUUAUUUAGCACAGUCUAAAGCAGAUCCAAAUGGUUCCAGCACACGUUUGCUUCCAUCAUCUUUUUUGUGUAUUCCUGUUAAUACUGAAACCACACCACUAAUACCCGAUGUACAAUUUUAACACUUGUUUGACAGUAAAUAAAUGUGCAAAUUUUGCAAAUAA